UGUCAGUGAAGUUGUUGUCUAUGUUGAACUGUUGAUUGAAUGCUGUGAUUAUUUCACACAAUUUUAUUUAUUUAUUUUAUACCUGUAAGAAAAUGACUCAAAACAAUGAACAUUUAGAUUUUUCCGGCCUUUUUAAGUUAGAUGUUUUGAUAAACCUUGAUAUUGUUACAUAUAGCUUCUACGAAGUGGGCUUAAAGAAAUUCUUAGCUUUUUCUAGUGAUAAAGAGCUGGUGUUUAUUUAUUUCAAUUCACAAGGCGAGCGAUUGGAAAAGUACUAUGACUGGGAUUUCGUUGACAAUCCUAUUUAUUGUAUGUGUUUUGAACCAAGUGGCACUUGGGUUCUUAUUAUCAGUGAACAGAAAGUGUUGCUAGUGCCAUUUCUUCCUCUGUUUAUACCACAAAGCACUUUUGAUUAUAAGUGGUCUUUAUCUAGUGUGACUGUGUUACCUCUUGGAAGUAUCUCCAAACCUAGUUCAGUUGUAUGGUGGCUGACUAAAGAAUCAGAAAACAUAUUGAUCAUAGGAUCAAAGACUGGAUUAAUAACAUUCUACUCAUUGGAGACGCAAAGUACUGUCGGGGAGUGCAAGGUGUCUGGAGAUAUUGUGGAUUUGCAGAUUUGUUUUGAUGAUUCAUUGGAUUUAUUAGCAUUACUAAUAACUAGAGGAAAAUCUCAACAAUGGAAACUGGUAUUGGAACACAGAUCUUUUGGCUACAACUGGCUGCAGCAGACACGGGCACAGACAGACAAAGACAAACGUGAUAGUUUCAUGUCUUAUAUCAAGCAAUUGUCAAAAGACAAAAUUACAUUUUUCAUCCAAGGUGGCUCUAAGGAUGACAGUAAAGCACAAACAAUUGAGCAUUGUUUGAAACCCACCAAGUACUUGCCAAUGUUUAGAAAGGGCUCAAAUAAUUGGACUCUGACAGCUCAGUAUGUCAAUGGCCGACAUUUCUUAACAGCUUUUGAGUUGAAUGAAGGCACUAUGAUUCUGGAAAGUCCUGAAGAAGACACACCAUCAAGAACCCUAAGGCCGCACAUAAAAAAAGAUGGACAAUACAUACAAGGAUUAUGGACGCAAAGACUUAUAUACUUGUUGAGAAGAAACCAAUUGGAAGUACACAGCUCUGCUUUUUCUGUCAUACAGGGUGAUGGCCUAUUAGGUGCAAAAAUAGAAUUUUCCGAACUGUGGACAGCGGAACUACUAGGGGAAGUGCAUCGAGCGCACGUAAUGUCUGCGAAGGAGCCGCCGUCUUCUAGCGGCGGCUGGCGGGAGCCCACCUUCCUGUGCGACUUGCAGCUGCCGAGGUUUACGCUGGAACCGUGUCUCGUUGUUACAACUUGCGGCGCCUUUGUUCUGAAUACUGUUAAUUGCCCGUGCGAGUGGCUGGUGUCGCUGGUGACGCGAGGCGGCGCGGGCGCGGAGCGGUGCGCGGUGGCGCUGGGCGCGCGUGUGCCGGCGCUGCUGCGCGCCGCCGCCGACCUGCUGCUGGCGCGCGGCAAGCUGGCGCCCGCGCACUAUCUGCAUUGUCUCUCGCAGAGUCCACCUGAUGGCUGGGUGGCACGUUUAGGCGUGUUCGGAAGGCUACACGAUCUGGCCAUUUAUAAACACGUGAGCACCGCCGGCAGUUUGGGCAAUGCUGCUAUCACCAUCAAAUUGUUGGCCGUCCUUCUCAAAAUGGCCACUAAUCAUGAAGAGACAUUCGAUAUGGAUCCAAAGAUCACGACACUAAGCCCAAUAGAACUGCAAGAGUUAUCAUCAUUCGCCGCGUGCGUGGGUCUUUGGGACCUAGUCCCAGUGUUCAGUGUACAUCGAGGGCACCCUAAUCUCUUACUAGAGGCGGUUAAAUCUCGCAAUGAAAUAUGCAGAGGAGCUCUAAACUGUCUGAUCAGUGAGAACAGCCUAAUUACGUUGAUGAUGAAGGAAAAUACGCAAUGGCUGUUCGAUUUUAUUGUCGCAAAGCGCAAUGAAUUUGAUACGAUUAUAUUGAAGAGCCUCUGCCUAUUUCUGAACCCCUUGCAAGAUCAACUACGACCGUUAAUGCGUGAUAUGAAGCAAGGAAUUUCGUCAAUUUAUACAGCGAGAAUGGUGUACCUAAUAUCGACAUUUAUGCACGUAGCUUGUGCCAUCGAAUCUCGAGACCCCUGUCCCGACAUCCACAUGCAAAUAACACGGGAUUCAGAAACCUGGAAGAAUCAGUACAGGCCCAGGAGAGCUCUAAGCUGCGGUCUUAACCACUGGGCGGUCGCCGAUGAGGGGAAUGCGAAGAUAUUUAUGGCGAAUACUCCGGUUGACACGGAAUUGAUUGGGAGGGUGAUAGAUGUGGCUUGCGGGCGGCAUCAUACGCUUGUGUUGACGGAAAAUGGGAUCUACGCGGCGGGCGACAAUUCGUUCGGUCAGCUCGGCGUGGGGUCAAUGUGGCGCGGCGCUGUGGGAGAGCUGGCCCGCGCGCACGGCGGCCUGGCCCGCGUGGCCCAGCGCUGGGCCGCGCCGGUGGUGGCCGUCGCCGCCGGACACUACCACUCGGCGGCUAUCGACCUCGGCGGCCGGCUUUAUACGUGGGGGUGGGGCAUCCAUGGACAACUAGGCCAUGGCAAUAUCGACGAUGUGUGGAAGCCGAAGUUGGUAGCGAAAUUCCAAGGUCGAAAGGUGCUAAGCGUGGGCUGCGGCGCGUGCCACAGCGUGGUGCUGACCCGCAGCGGGGACGUGUUCGCGAGCGGCGCCGGCGUGUUCGGGCAGCUGGGCUCCGGCGCCCGCCACAAGGCCACGGUGCCGCUGCGGGUCGCGAUGCCGCAGUCGGCCGUCGCCAUCGCUGUGGGCUACUUCCACAAUCUGGCACUAAGCCAAACCGGGUGUUUGUACACCUGGGGCGCGUCUCCGCAGCAGGUGCGUGCGGCGCACGCGCGGCGCUCCGCCUCCCCCUCCCCGUCGCCCACCUCCUCCCCCUCCCCCUCCCCCGCACUGAGCGCGGAGCCGCAUCUCCUCCCCGAGCUGGUGGACACGACCAAUGUACGAGGGAGGAUCGUUGCGAUUGCAGCCGGCUGGCAUCACUCAUGCAUAGUAAACAACAUUGGUACUCUCUACACCUGGGGAUUGAAUUUUGACGGUCAAUUAGGAAGUGGAGAUAGAAAACAAGUACAUAUACCUACAGAAGUCCGGAUCCGUUCGGAUCGUCAUUCGAGCGAGAAAGAUAGUGAACCGAAGUCUCCAGAGGAAAAUAAGGAUGUGUCCACACGAGCCAUGGCGGCGUGCGGGGGGGACUUCACCGUGUAUGUGGACGAUGCCGGCAAGAUCUACGCUACGGGCAACGCACAUCUACAGUUGACCAAUGAGAAAGAAAAGGGUGCCAAUCGCGUUAUAAUGAUGAAAACAACUAAACGGGUUAUCAAAAUACCCACCAGUCGCAGUAACAAUAAGUUUCUGUUCCAUCCCAUCGACAGACUGGAUAUAAUGUUCCCGUUCGAGCUUCAAGAGCUACAGAGAAAAAACAUCGAGCUCAUACGUAACCCACUGGCUAGUAUCGACGAUUUCAACAACAAGUCUUGGGCAGAUGAUAUUAUCCUUCUUCUAAAACCAUGGAUCAAUGAAGAGAAUCUAUCAAGUAAUUUCAACAUGGCAGCCAAGUAUGCGUACCACACCGAAAAAUAUUCGGAAUGCCUACGACUUUUAUUGAACAACCUUAAAACUUCCCCACCACAAGAUUGCAUCUAUCUCACUCACACAGAUUUAUCAAAUCCGGAAAGCCAAAUGCGCAAGAGAGACGAACGGAGAAUUGUGAUAAGUAAUAUAAUGUCCAAACGUAUCAAAGAAGUGUCGUUGACAAUCUUAAAUGAAGAGCCGUAUCCGGAAAUAAGUCCCGAGAUAUAUAGAGAAUUGUCUUGUUGUUGUAAUGAGCUUAGUUAUGUACCCAAGGGCGUGGUGCCAAAAACGAUUGUAAAUAUAAGAGAAGGAGGAAACCUAGCUUAUAGAGCGGCCGAUAUUAUAGAUAAAUGUAUUAGUAUGUUCCCCGUGGAUACAAAUUUAUGGGAGACCUGUUUCCGUUAUUCAAAAGACUUCUAUGUUGAGAAUAAGUUGUCUUACGUCGAGUUAGAAACUGUCCUUUGGAAAUAUAUGAAGUCGAAUGCAUCGACGAUGGCUGCGGCCAUCAUGUAUUCUAACGAUUGUUCCGAGUACAGCGAGAUACUAACUCCGAAAUUCUACUUAAAUAUGUGCAGUUUGAUAUUGGAUACGUGGGGAUAAUUAAGUAGUGAAAUAUCAGGGACUCUAUUUUCGCAUGCAACUAGGAACUAUUCGUAUUGAAACAUCCUCAAAAUAUUUCCACCGCCACCGAUUGGUCAAUCUGAAAUAGUCAUUGAUUAACAAAAAAAGAAAAAUAUAUAUACGGAAAUAAGAAUACAUUUGAAGGUAUUACUUAGGAUAAACUUUUAAUCUGUAGUAAAUAUAUAAUCUAUUUUUAUAUAGCUAUCGCAAGUUUUUAGAAAAAUAUUUUAUUCUCGCUCGUUGAUUGAAUUACCUGCAGGUUUUUAAAUUAUUGUUUGUUAUUGCUAUAAAUUCGUUAUGCUACUUUUAUAGAACUGUUAUUCAGUAAUUGUUUUUAACUCCGUGCCAUUUUAAAAUGCUCUCUUUUAUUGUUAAGUGUCAUAUAUUUAAUCAAAAUUUACGAUUUUCUUUAAUUAGUCAAUAUACUCAAGGUUUUAAGUUGUUCCAAUAUCAGGAUAUGAUAUUGUAAGUUUAGUGUUGUUUUUAAAUCUAGUCAUUUGUUUCGAUAUUUUUUUUAAUUAUGUGUGUUAUAAUCAUGGAAUAUUUUUUUGCGCAACAAUUGUAUCUAGUGAAAAUACUUCUUAAAUAAAAUACUCUAUAUAAA